GUCAGAUUCAGGCCAGCGGCGCGUGAGGGUGCGUUCUGCCACCUUUCGGACUAUAAGUCCGGCAGAGUAGAUCAGCGGGGCCCUCUGAGAAAGUUUUCGAUGUUGUGUCUUGUAUUAUGGCACAAUUUUGUUGCAGACCACUGUUCGUCUGGGCAGUCCAAGGGGUAAGGUGGUGCGGUGACCAGUGCCUCCUGAUCAACUAAUCCCUACUUUUGCAACACUGCCUGCAAGCCAUCGUCACUGCAUUUGAUUAGAAUUUUUGAGAUGUGACAGCUUAGCUACUUAUGAUUCUAAAUACUUAUCAAGUUUGUGUGUGCGAACAAGUUUGUAAUUUAAAUGGUGGAGUUAUGUACAGUACUGAUGUAGGGAAGUUGGUCACAAAGUUAUGUCCCAAAUAUGAUCAGUGGAGCAGCUCAAGCAGAUAUUGGUGUUCUGGUAUUUCUGCCCGUAAAGGGGAAUUCGAGACUGGAUAUGAGAGGGGUGGGCGAACCCGUGAACAUGUUCAGCUUGCAAAACUUUGGGCAUAUGAUGAAAUUGAAUCUAAGAAGGUAUCAUUUCUGAGGUCUUCAGGCUACAAUGUGAAAAAGGAUGUCCAGUUUCUACCAAUAUCUGGUCUUCUUGGUUCCAACAUGAAAACGAGACCGGACAAGAGCAUAUGCCCCUGGUGGAAUGGCCCCUGCCUCUUUGAAGUUCUUGACGCAGUUGAAAUUCCUUCUAGAGAUCCAAAAGGUCCUUUUAGUUAUGAUUUAUUACUGAUGCCUAUAAUUGACAAAUUUAAAGUCUUGGAAACUGUUGUGAUUGGAAAGGUUGAAUCUGGUACUGUGCAUGAGGGUGAUUCCUUAUUGGUCAUGCCAAACAAGGCUCAAGUGAAAGUUCUUGCCAUUUACUGUGAUGAAGAUAAGGCUAUACGUGCUGGACCUGGUGAAAUUCUGCGGGUUAAGUUAUCUGGAAUUGAAGAGGAGGACAUAUUAUUUGGUUUUGUCUUGUGUAGUGUUGUCACUGAAUUUACGGCCCAGCUGCAGAUCCUUGAGUUGCUUGACAAUGCAAUAUUUACAGCUGGGUAUAAAGCUGUCUUGGACAUUCAUUCUGUUGUUGAGGAAUGUGAGAUUGUUGAGCUGCUACAACAAGUUGAUCCCAAGACAAAGAAACCCAUGAAAAAGAAAGUUCUAUUUGUUAAGAAUGGUGCUGUCGUUGUUUGCCGCAUUCAGGUGAACAACUUGAUUUGUGUUGAGAGAUUCUCAGAUUUUGCACAACUUGGAAGGUUUACUCUUCGAACUGAAGAAAAAACAGUUGCAGUGGUAAAAGUCGUGGACAUUCCUUCAAGUGCCAGUGCAUAAAAUGGUUUUGUUGUUAGAGUUGAGAAAUUAAAUUUAUAGUUUUUUUUUUUAAAAAAAAAAAAAUACAAUCUCUAAUGGGAUGUUUAAUGAAUGGCUAAUUCACUCUGACAGUUAUGUCCACCGGACUCUCCAUAUGAACCGGUGUUAAAGUUGCAACACGGAAUCAUCUUAAAUGAAGUUGCCGCGUUAACAAUAUAUUGAUGUCUUGAGGAGAGGUGGGGUGCCGAUGCCACAGGUGCUUGGCAUUGGUACUUUUGAUAUACUUAUGGGUAUGUAAUGUUUAACUUAUACACCCAUUGGCAUUUUUGGAACACAUGAUUGUAAUACAUGGUUUUCACAUCAGUUUGUUGGAAAAUAUUUAGUUUUGGUUUGGGCAUUGUUUGCCAUGAAAGCAUUUAGUUUGUCAUUUGGGUUUUGGUACAAUAUUUAUGUGUAAAAACUUAUUUACUGCUCUUUUAUCGUCUGUGGCAUCCUGGUAAUAAAUUGAACUGGCAGAU